AUGAACAAAUGUGAAAUUCUUGAUAUUUUAGCAAAUUCAACUGGAAAUAUUGAACGUCUUGAAGAGAUUGAAAAAGAAUUGGAAAACAAAAACAACAAUCCGAACAAUACUGAAACAGAAGAACAAAAAAAAGAGCGUGCAUUUCAACAAGUUUUAGUUUCUUUUGUCGUCGAACGAACAUUUGCUGAAAGAGAUAAAGAACUUGAAAAACAAUUGAAAUUAGAUACCAAAAUUGGUAAUGUAUUAGUCAUUGGAUUGCCGAAAAGUGGAAAGAGUACAAUGUUAAAAACUCUUAAAACAAAUACAAGUGGUGAUUUAGUAGCAAAUGGUGAUAAUAACGAUAAUAAAGAUCGUGUUUUAAAAAGUGUUUCAGGUGUUAACGUUGAUGCAAUAAUUUUUCUUAUCGACGCGAUCAAUCCUCAUGUUUUUUUACAAGCUAAAAAAGAAUUAGCAUCACUAAUCGACGAUCUUGCCCUAUUCUUUCCAGUGUUUUUUUUAACGGACGAAGAAAAUCUCGAUUCGUUCAAAAAAUUAUUGUUUGAUAAUGCUCUUGGUAAUAUAGAGUCAUCACCACAUACAGAUAAACAACGUCGAUGGCGUGCUAAGAAAAAAGAGCAACAUCAUCGUACUCAAUUAUCUCUACAUCGUUUACUAGUUGAACAAAUGGUAAAUAACUUAUUUUAA